ACCUGCCUUUCCCUUCGCCUCUUUUAACCUGGCUGGGUUACGUUUUCACCGAAACAGCGACGCAACGCGACGAGCAACGGGUGACGGACAUCAGGCACGCUCGUUCCCGUCUAUCGGUGUCGAAUCCGGUGGAUCGGCCAAAGAAGUUUCUCGAAUUUAAACCGUGCCCCGUGCCGUUAUCGUCGAGUUUCCGCGUUUUUUCCUACGGUCUUCGCCUCCCUCUCUUUCUCGUUCCAUCCUCAUCGGACUCGUUUCUAACCUAGCACCGUCUGUCCUCGUCGCGACUGAGCAGACACUCGAGUUCACCGAGCGAAGGUAUAUCCAAGGAGCGAGGAAAAGAUAGAGAGAGAGAUAGAGCGAGAACGCUCGAGAAAUAAAGGGAGAGGGAAGGAGACAGAGCGAGAGGGGUCUCUCUAGCCAACGAGGGACCAGGUUCGAUGCGCAGUCGCCAGGUGAGGCAACGACGUGUGCGCGCAACGGUCGGGGCCGGUUGUUGGCCAGUGUUGCACGGAACCUUGCCACUCGCGACGGCGCGCCGUCGACAGACAGACACCCAGAGCCGCGCAGAACACGAUUUGCCUCGCGGUGCCUGGGAAUCGGUUCGCGGAGUUAUCGUGCGACACCUGCGCAAACGUGGCGCGCGGUGAAUCCGUGCUCGGCAGACGCGCGUCGUUGACCAUAUCGGUGGUAUCGGAUCGUCGGAUCGGCCCAUAACCUCAAACGGGUAGAGGACGACGUCGACGAUAGUACCCCGGCGCGACAUGCCACGGGGCCCCCAGGAUCACGACAGUGAUCAGUGAAUGUUGAAACAGUGUGCGUACGUAAACGGGCUCAGGUGAGCAGGAGAGCCUGUCCACCCUGCGGGACCGCGCACGUAUCCAGGACACGGUUACGCGUUCCUAUUUUCGUUGGCCGCGUUCCUCGCGCACGUCGUAGAAAGUGGUGGAAAAAAGAAACAAGGAGAGCCUCGAAAUCCCCCGGUUUUCGGAAACGGUUCGGUUCAGGUGUACGGUUUUGCUCUCUGACCAGUGGGGAAAUUGUUUGAGUGCCACGGGGAGAACGACGGGAACGCACCGGACACCUCUUCAAGAUGCAGACCACGGGCGCGAGGGGACCGACCCACCUGGUCGCCCUUUACGUGGCCACCGCCGGUCUACAGGGUAACGCUCUCGGCUCCGACGAGGAGGAGAUCACGCUGCUGGUUUACGUGCUCAUCGACGUCCUGCAGAACAAGGUGCUGGGAAGGCAACAGUACAUUGUGCGGCCAAUGGUAAUGGACGAAAGCUGCACGCCUGGAACUGGGAGUGACAAUCCGGCGGUCGCCGGAAGUAGCGGUUACAUCUGCGAGGCGGCGGUGUCCCAUGCGCCUGCGUUAACCGAAAAAACCGUUCGAGAGCACGGGAUCCCCUUAGAGCAGGCCAUCGAGCAGUUCGAAGCAUGGUGGUCGUCCAUGUCCUGCGUGACGUCCGGUUCCUCGCCGCGUUUCGUCGUAGACGGACAAGCGCCAUUAAGACAAUGCCUGCACCCAGAGGCCUGCAACAAAGCCAUCGAGCUGCCGGAACACUACAACCACUUCCACGAUCUCCGCAAAGAGUUCGUCGCCUGUUAUUCCACCCACGGAGAGCUCUCGACCUUUGGAAUACAGGAGAUGCUGGAAUAUUUCGGUUUACCGUCGGACAUCGAGAACGAUUACCACGUGAAGGAGAUACAGGAUAUGAUCAGCGUGAUGCAAAGAAUGAUCAAAGAUGGUCACGUCUUCCAAACUCCCGAGGUAGUCAACAUUGUUUUAGAACCUGGUAUAUGCUCAAAAGAUGAAGAAGUGGACAAUGGCUGUGUAGUCAGAGCACGUGGUCUUCCGUGGCAAUCAUCAGAUCAGGACAUAGCAAAAUUUUUUCGCGGCCUAAAUGUUGCCAAGGGUGGUGUAGCUCUGUGUUUGAGUGCUAUGGGAAGACGGAACGGGGAGGCAUUGGUACGAUUUAUUAACAAAGAACACAGAGACAUGGCGUUGAAAAGACAUAAACAUCACAUGGGGGGACGGUACAUCGAGGUGUACAAGGCUUCUGGCGAGGACUUCGUCGGUGUUGCCGGAGGUACAAGUGGAGAGGCACACGCAUUCUUGUCUAGAGGAGCUCAAGUCAUUGUCAGAAUGCGGGGUUUGCCGUACGACUGCGUCGCUAAGCAAGUGCUCGACUUCUUUUUAUCGGGGCAAAAGCCCUGCCACGUGUUGGACGGGGAGGACGGAGUUCUGUUCGUGAAGAAACCAGACGGCAGAGCGACCGGCGAUGCGUUCGUUCUUUUUGCGAAAGAAGAAGACGCCGUGAAGGCUCUAAGCAAGCACAGAGAUUGUAUUGGUACACGGUACAUCGAACUCUUUCGAAGUACAAUCGCGGAGGUUCAACAGGUCUUAAACAGGGCGAUCGACCUGAAACAGGUUGUACUUCCGACGCCACCCAUUCCACAGCUUCCCCCGAUACUUCCACAACAUAUUAUCACAUCCGGCACGCGCAAGGAUUGCGUACGGUUACGUGGUCUUCCUUAUGAAGCUCUCGUCGAGCAUAUUCUCGAGUUUAUGGGCGAACAUUCCAAGAAUAUCGUCUACCAAGGUGUUCACAUGGUUUAUAACGCUCAAGGUCAACCGUCCGGCGAAGCGUUCAUUCAGAUGGACAGCGAGAGUUCCGCGUUCGCGUGCGCGUCGCAACGGCAUCACCGAUACAUGAUCUACGGGAAGAAGCAACGGUACAUCGAAGUCUUCCAGUGCAGCGGGGACGACAUGAAUCUGGUAUUGACAGGUGCGGUAACUCCGCCAUCGACCAAGGCCCUGCUAUCACCGGGUACGUUGACCACACAAACUCCCGCCACAUUGACACAUCCGCCUCCGCCGACGCCGGUACCGGUGCCGGUACCGACGGCGCAGCCUCCCCUAUGGGACAUUCACGCGUUAGUACAGGCUCAAGCGCAAGCACAGGCGCAAGCUCAAGCUCAGGCUCAAGCGCAGGCAAUCCGAAAUCAGGACUUUUGGCUGAUGGCCUUGGCCUCGAAUCCACCGCCCACCUCCACAACUCCCGCAUCACCAACAUCGUCAGUCGCGACAAAAACUCUAGCUCUUCCCGGACCUAAUCCGCAACAUCAGAUCCCUGCCUACGCGAUGGCUCCUCCAGCCGCGGCUGCUGCUGCUGCGGCCGCGGCCGCUCUUCACGCUCAACCGCCGGCCCACACGCCAUUCCUGCUCUUCAAUGUCCCUUCUCGAAUCCCAAUCUUAAGGGCUCCGACGCCUCACAGUCUCCUAACGCCCAUCGUCCAGGCAGCACCGAUCAAUCACGCCGCCAUCAUGGGUCUGAAACGGACCUGGGAAUCUGCCUUCCCUCCGGAAACACCAAGCACUGUCGCGAAACGCGCCACGUGGCACACACCGGCGACCGCGUUCGCCCAAACACCGGCUGCCGCGCCGGGCUUGCCUUAUCCUGCUCAAUUUUACCCGCAGCUUUGAUCGAUCCGUUGCCGUAUACCGACUAGAUUGACCAUGAAGCUUCUUCUUUUUCUUCUUCUUCUUUUUCUUCUUCUUCUUCUUUAACGCGUGCUAUGUAUAUGUUUUAUAUACAGAUUUUUAUACGGCGUGUCCGUCGGUUCUGUUCUUCCAACCGAUCGGACCAGUUCUCUUUAGAAGUUUUUCUCUCAAGAUACCCGGCGAACGUCUGUUCCACGUGUCCGGGUAAUUAGACCUUUCCGGUUGCUUCGUCACCCGGCGAGAGAUAGAGCGUUGUAUUAUUACAGCACACGAUUCACCUUUCCACGAAUGUGCGCGGUACAUAAUUCUAUUCAUAGUAGUUAUCUGCAGACAUUCCGCGUGAUACUGUCAUUUAGUGGUCUUUCGCCCUUGAACCUUCUCCUACUUUGACUAGAGAGCGUGCAGGUUUUCUCAUUUAACUUUAUCACCCGAAGCAUCUCCGUCGUCCUCGGUGGUUCCAUUGGCAUUUUUUUUUUCUUUUCCACGGUGGUUCGCACAUACGUUUGUUUGCGCGAUGAUAAAUAUGUUUAUGCCUUUAAAGAUUUCCGUAUAAAUCGCUGAUGGAACGGGCGUUUCAUUAAACUUUCUCACAUAACGAAUGUUAGCCGACCCGGAUCGCCAUAAACGUUCGCAUGUCGGAUCGCGAGUUAUAAAACCGAGUGGUUUUUAUUCCUUUUUUGUUUUUUGUCUUUUCGAAGCAGAAAAAUGUUUUCGUUCUUGGAUUGCUCUUAACGAGGCGAUCAACCGUCAGGAAAAUAG